AUGCCCUCCUUUGUGCCGGAGACAAGCACGGCGAUUGAUUCGCAGUCCUCGGGCGUUGUGCACCUCGACCAGGCCGCCGAGUACGGUAUAUCCCAAUCAAAAGUCAAUGGAACCAUUGCACGGCAGCCGCACUCGCACACAUCAAAUGAGAGCUUCGACGGGAGCUUGGCAAAUUCGUCCGGCUCAUCGACAACCUCGGAGACGUCUAUAGAACCUGACCAGCGUACGACCAAAACGUUCUCUUUCCCGCGGAGCAUGAUUUCACCACAUCAUGGAAGCACUGGCGGCGGACUGAAUGGACUGGGAACUGUCGAGUCCCGGGGCCGAAAACCGCUGCCCUUCAAUAACUCGACGACACUGGUGGAUCGGACAGUACCGAGCCCAGCGCCCGUAGAGAAAGAACACGACUCGCAGAGCUCGAAAACGAGUGAUGGGGUUCCGCGCGUCAGCUCUGGGACUGAACUUCCCUCGUCAUCGCACUCUGGGGUUGAGGUAUAUAUCCACCCUGUCAGCAAAGGAGACAUUCGUACUGUCGAGAACGGAUCAUCGUCCCCGGCUCUCGCUGUUGCCAGCGCCCCCGCACUUGGGGCCCAGACUUCCAGCCCCGCCCCGAGUCAUAGAACCCAAAAGGCACCCCAUCGAUUCUCGUCGCCUCCAGUCUAUGACCAACCUACCUCGUCCGGCCCGUUGCAAACCCAGCCAGUCCCCGGGAUCAAGCAUCGCCAUACCCUGGAAGUUCCCAAAGUCACCUCCGCACGGGGCUCACGAGACGGAAACGAUACCGCCUAUUCAAGUGGCAGGUUCUCACCGACCAUCGCCCCUGUUGGGGGUCGCAGGGCAUCGCUGAACUUGGCGAGGAGGAACACACGGUCGCUCCACUCGGAAGGGCCGCGCGAUGAAGUCAUUCCAGAUGAGGAUGCCAUGCGGUGGGCAGAGGCGUACAGGCAAAAGCGGGCCAGCAAGAGGAGGAAAAGGGAGAUCGAGGAUGACGACAGGGUGCUGGUCGGGACCAAGGUGGACGAGACGCAUGCGAACUGGGUGACGGCCUAUAACAUGCUGACGGGCAUCCGCGUCUCUGUUUCGAGGACCAACGCGAAGCUCGACCGGCCCCUGACCGACGCCGACUUUGACGUCAAACAGAAAUCCACCUUUGACAUCGCCGGAAACGAGUUGGUGCCGUCGGCCAAGUACGACUUCAAGUUUAAGGACUACGCCCCUUGGGUGUUCCGCCACCUGCGCGCCCUCUUCCGCCUCGACCCUGCUGACUACCUCAUGUCGCUGACCGGCAAGUACAUCUUGUCAGAGUUAGGGUCGCCUGGCAAGAGCGGCAGUUUCUUCUACUUCUCCCGGGACUACAAGUACAUCAUCAAAACCAUCCACCACGCCGAGCAUAAGUUUCUCCGCAGGAUCUUGAAGGAUUACUACCAGCACGUCAAGGACAACCCCAACACGCUCCUUUCUCAGUUCUACGGCCUUCAUCGGGUCAAGAUGCCGUAUGGUAGGAAGAUCCACUUCGUCGUCAUGAACAAUCUCUUCCCUCCGCACAGGGAUAUUCACCAGACCUUUGAUUUAAAGGGCUCGACAGUUGGCCGGGACUACAGGGAAGAAGACCUGGAGAAGAAUCCGAGGGCGACAUUGAAGGAUCUCAACUGGCUGCGACGGAAGAGGCAUCUCGAGCUGGGCAUCCAAAAAAAGCAGCUCUUCCUUGCGCAGCUACAUAAGGAUGUGCGGCUAUUGCAAAGAUUGCAGAUUAUGGAUUACUCUUUGCUCAUAGGCAUACACGAUCUUCAACGGGGCAACGAGGAGAACCUGAGGGAUAAGACCCUGCGCGUCUUCAAUCCCGGCGGUAACAACACCGCGGACGACUUCGACCCGAACUCGGUCCUGAUGCGGACCCCGUCCAAGCUGGAAAAUCAACGCAAGGCGAGGGAGCUUCGUCAGAUGAUACAGUCGGAGAAGCCCGUUCCGAUGGGUGAGACGAGCAGCAGGAUGCCGGACGAACUCGAGGAGGGACAGAACCGGCCGGGGUUCAUCUUCUACCAAGACGACGGCGGUUUCCGGGCGACGCACGAAGACAACGCCCCAGGAGAAGAGAUCUACUACUUGGGAGUGAUUGACUGCCUUACCCACUACGGUAUCAUCAAGAAGAUAGAGCACUUCUGGAAAGGCCUCUCGAGUGAUCGCAGUCAGAUCUCGGCCCUGCCGCCGCAGGAAUACGGGGAGAGGUUUAUCAACUUCAUCACGAACGUUACCAAGUCCCAGGAAGAGGCUGCCCGAGCUGCUCAUGAACGAGACGCUGCGCUUAUGGCUGAGGCGGCUGCCGCCGUCCCACCCGCUCCUAACUACCAGGCUCCGUUGCCCCCGUCCACUUCGCCAUCGGGACAAAGGCCAGCCGAACAGCAGACAAGGAAUGCGGAAACAGCUGGGCCAGAGGAGAAAGCUCCAGAACGAAUAUUAAGAAACACCAUCACCUCUCCUCCUCCGAGCAGCACCCUCGUAGUCGGCAAGGCCGGUCACGGUCCGAAUGGCGCGGCAAUGGAGCGCAGAGAGACAACCGUGCUCCCGGUUCUGGAAGAAGCCGCCGAGGGCACAUCAACCGGGGACCGCAUUCGAAACAGCCACCUGAGCAGCCUAACCGUGGAAAGCGAUGCCAGACCGUUGACGCCUGCCAAGGACGGCGACGAAAAGGAACCGGGGUUCGGCAACCCACUCCUAGGCGCUCGCAGCGGCAGCGGCAGCGGCAGCACGUCACGUCCGCCGCCCACUCCGCCGAAAACGGGCCGCGGGUACCCUGGUCAGGGCAAGUCGGAAAGCGCCGACAGCGGGUACGGAGUCGGUGCCAACGGGAGCAGCACCAACAGCGGCCUCAAGAGCCUCACGGGGUCCCAGAAGUCAUUGAAUAUCCGAUCGCAGGUCAGCCGCGACAGCCUGGAUAAAGCCCUUCCUCCGCUUCCGAGCGCUGCCCCGGCCUAUCCACAUGGCGUAUCGUAG